AUGAUGGACGCUGCGGAGUGCGGAGUGAGAGUGAUGUGCAGAUUCAGGCCGCUCAACGAGGCCGAGAUCAACAGAGGAGACAAAUACAUCCCCAAAUUUAAAGAGGAGGACACUGUGGUCAUUACGGGGAAGCCGUACGUGUUCGACCGCGUGCUGCCGCCCAACACAGCACAGGAGCAGGUGUACGACCAGUGUGCCAAACAGAUCGUCAAAGAUGUGCUCGGCGGUUACAACGGGACCAUCUUCGCCUAUGGACAGACGUCCUCUGGGAAGACUCACACCAUGGAGGGCAAACUGCACGACCCGCAGCUGAUGGGAAUCAUCCCUCGCAUCUCCCACGAUAUCUUCGACCACAUCUACUCCAUGGACGAGAACCUGGAGUUUCACAUCAAGGUUUCUUAUUUUGAGAUCUACCUGGAUAAGAUCAGAGACCUGCUGGACGUGUCAAAGACGAACCUCUCUGUGCACGAGGACAAAAACAGAGUUCCCUACGUUAAGGGUUGCACCGAGCGUUUCGUCUCCAGUCCCGAGGAAGUGAUGGACGUUAUCGACGAGGGGAAAAACAAUCGGCACGUCGCAGUGACCAACAUGAACGAGCACAGCUCUCGUAGCCACAGCAUCUUCCUCAUCAACAUCAAGCAGGAGAACAUGGAGACGGAGAAGAAGCUGUCGGGGAAGCUCUACCUGGUCGACUUGGCCGGCAGCGAGAAGGUGAGUAAGACGGGAGCAGAAGGAGCCGUGCUGGAUGAAGCUAAGAACAUUAAUAAGUCUCUGUCUGCGCUGGGGAACGUUAUCUCCGCUCUGGCUGAAGGAACCAAAACUCACGUCCCGUAUCGAGACAGCAAGAUGACUCGGAUCCUGCAGGACUCUUUGGGAGGAAACUGUCGCACCACCAUCAUCAUCUGCUGCUCGCCGUCCGUCUACAACGAGGCCGAGACCAAGUCCACGCUCAUGUUCGGACAGAGAGCAAAGACCAUCAAGAACACGGUGUCGGUGAAUCUGGAGCUGACGGCCGAAGAGUGGAAGAAGAAGUACGAGAAGGAGAAGGACAAAAACAAGAGCCUGAAAAACGUCAUCCAGAGACUCGAGGCUGAACUCAACCGCUGGAGGAACGGCGAGAACGUUCCCGAGGAGGAGCAGCAGAACGCAAAGGAUCAGAAGAACAUCGAGGCCAACGACAACACUCCCAUCAUCGAUAACCUGCUGCCGACCGGAGGAGGAGGAGGAGGCUCGGUGUCCGGGGAGGACAAGACCAAGUACGAGGAGGACAUCACUAACCUUUACAAACAGCUGGAUGAUAAGGACGAUGAGAUCAACCAACACAGUCAGCUUGCAGAGAAACUCAAGGAGCAGAUGUUGGACCAGGAGGAGCUGCUGGCGUCGACGCGGCGCGACCACGAGAAGAUCCAGGAGGAGCUGUGCAGGCUGCAGACGGAGAACGAGCUGGCCAAGGAGGAGGUGAAGGAGGUGCUGCAGGCCCUGGAGGAGCUGGCCGUCAACUACGACCAGAAGAGCCAAGAGGUGGAGGAACGAGACCAGAUCAACAUGCAGCUGAGCGAGGAGCUGCAGCACAAGACGGUGUUGCUGACGGCGGUGCAGAGGGAGCUGAGUCAGCUGCAGGAGCUGAACGGCCUUCAGAGGAAGAGAGCCGCCGAAGUCCUCAAUCUGCUGCUGCGUGACCUCAGCGAGAUCGGUGCCCUCAUCGGGACCAGCGAUGUCAAGGCGAGUACGUCCUCGGAGACGAAGGGGAACGGCUCGGCGGUGGAGGAGGAGUUCACCGUCGCCCGUCUCUACAUCAGCAAGAUGAAGUCGGAGGUGAAGUCUCUGGUCAACCGCAGCAAGCAGCUGGAGAGCGCCCAGGCCGACGCCCACCGCAAAAUCCAGGCCAACGAGAAGGAGCUGGCGUCCUGUCAGCUGCUCAUCUCCCAGCACCAGGCCAAGAUCAAGUCUCUGACCGACUACAUGCAGAACAUGGAGCAGAAGAAGAGGCAGCUGGAGGAGAGUCAGGACGCUCUGACCGAGGAGCUCGCCAAACUCCACGCUCAAGAGAAAAGGCACGAGGUGUCAGGGGAGGAGAAGGAGAAGGAGGACAUCAGCAGACUGGAUGGAGACGACGACAUCAAGGUAACCGAGUCGCUGGAGGAGCAGCUGGAGAGCCACAGGGAGGCUCAUCAGAAGCAGCUCAGCCGCCUCCGAGACGAGAUCGAAGACAAGCAGAGGAUGCUGGACGAGCUCACCGAUCUAAACCAGGGUCUGUUGCUGGAGAAGGAGAGACUCAUGUCAGACUACGACAAAGUGAAGGCUGAGGAACAGGAGAAAGAUGCCAAACUUCAAAAACUCAUGCUGCUGAACGAACAGAGCGAGCAGGCCAGAGAGGACUUGAAGGGUCUGGAGGAGACUGUGGCCAAAGAGCUGCAGACUCUACACAACCUGCGCAAACUCUUCGUUCAGGACCUAAACACGCGGGUGAAGAAGAGUGCAGAGCUCGACUGUGAGGAAGGACUUGGCAACGUUGCCCAGAAACAGAAGAUUUCCUUCCUGGAGAAUAAUUUGGAACAGCUCACCAAGGUCCACAAGCAGCUGGUCCGAGAUAACGCAGACCUUCGCUGCGAGCUGCCCAAGCUGGAGAAGCGUCUCCGUGCCACUGCAGAGCGAGUCAAAGCCCUGGAGAACGCUCUGAAGGAUGCCAAGGAGUCCUCCAUGAAGGACCGCAAGCGCUACCAGCAGGAGGUGGACCGAAUCAAAGAGGCGGUGCGGGCCAAGAGCAUGGCCAGGAGAGGAUACUCUGCACAGAUCGCAAAACCCAUCCGGCCGGGACAUCAUCCACUGUCGUCCCCCAUCAGCACCUCCAUCAGAGCCGGAGGCGUCUACACCCAUAACUGA